AUAUUUUUAAUUUUUGAAAUUAUGUUUGUUAAGUUCACAAUUACAUUGACUGCAUUUUUGUCGACUCUGGUCCUCAAUAGUAGCCAACAAACGGUAUUAAAAUGUGUACUCAAGUCGCGACAAACCAGACACCCCUUGAAAGUGGAGGUCUACCCCAUGCCCUCAUCGAUGGUGUGCAAAGUGGCCGACACUCGCACCGACAGCCCGUCUAUCGACAGGAUUAUCUACUAUAACGACGCCAUCGACAUUGAAUUGUGCGCCAAAUACGAGGGCCGCGAGUUGGGCGCCGACAUCUUCGUGUCCGACCCCAACAAAGUCGCGCCGAUAGCCAGCAUUUCGUUAGGCAAUCAAACGACUCGUCAUAAUAAGCUGUUUAUACCGGAAGGCAGUCUACUAUUGGAUGAUGUGAUCGACUCAUUGACUAUAGAUUUGAAUGAUUUUCAGCUCAAAAUAGUUAACAUUUCUUUCGACACUAAUAUAUAUGAGAGAAAACAUAACAUAAUAUCUUUCGGCGACUUCGAUGUCAUUAAUAAUGACGAUAAUAAUCAUGAGAUGAGAGAUAAUGAGAGCAAAAGUGGUGAUAAAGAGUCGGAAACUACGGACUCAACAAUAGGUGGCUAUGAUUUCGAUACAGUGAUGGGUGCGGCUAUGGGUGUGAUAACGUUUGUGAUCCUGUAUAAAGACAAUAAGCUGGGUGAAAAGUGCGAGGAUAAAGAGACCGUUCAAAAACUACUCGAUCGCAAGAAUAUUCUCGGAAAGGUAUUACCGGAGGACGAGGAGGGGUUGAAAAAGUAUUGUAAGGAUGAGGUAUCUGUCGUCGACGCCAAGAAGGGAUAUGAUCCGAAGACGAUUCAGUCGGGACUUGAUUUCGCCAAAGAUUUGAAGACUAAGACCAGAGUUUGUCUGCUGAAAGUGUUUAAGCCGAGUGAAACGGGACAGGUAUUCGCCGGUAUUUGCUCCAAGGAUAUCAAAGACCCCCUUUCCAUCACCAAAGCCUUUAACGCAAAGGCCAAGGAGUUUAAUGACAUUUACAAAACUGUCACUAACUAUAUGGCGUUCGUGGUCGAGAAGCAAUCGGAUAUCACCCUGGCCACUAUUUUGUGGUGA